GGCCUCAUGAAUCUUCCCUCUUGCGGGUAAAAUACUACUAUACCACAGAAUGUGUAUCAGGCUUAUAAUCAUGCCUAUAAUUAUUUGAAUGUAAUUGAAAGCUUUUCCUAAACGCAGCUCAGUAAGUAUUUAUCGGAGGGAUUUGAGCGCUGUCGACCGCUGCUGUACUCGUACGAAGCAGCUAUAUUAUAUCUCCCGGUGUUAACAUAUGUCCAAUGCUGCUUCCUUUAUACGUAUGCAGCUACGCGAUAUACACACCCCACAUCCGCCGGACAUGUCCAAUGUUUUUCGAAUCCAAGUUUGGUUUAUUUUUGGUAGUUGACUGAUUUGUUUAUGAAAUUAUACUGUUGCCAUCACAGUCCGUUGAUGUACCGGUAAACCGGUGUGCAGUAUAUAUAAAAGACGCCCCAAAAUGGGCAAAACUAAACGGAAAUGGUUGCAUUGCAUAUCCGCAUAUAUUAUAUUCAUCGGGAUUAUGGACUCAAGUGUACAGCAUCUUCGUUAAUUAUAUGGACAAUCUCAUAUUUGGUAUAUCCCCAGCACAAGCAGUUGUGUAUAUUUGCUCGCCGUAUAUCAAGUGGAUUUAUUAAAAUAGAGUAGACCAAUUUGCCGCUAUCGCUAACCGGUACACUUGAAGAUUGGCAGCGGUGUCCUAUCAUUCAAGACCUACAACAAUGAUAUGGUCACGUGGCCGCUUCAGCCUGUCCCGAAGUUCUCAUUUGCUCAGUAUCCUUUUCUUCCUGAUUAGCCUUCAAAUACAUCGCUCAGCCGAACAGUGGACAAAUUCGGAAAUAUCGGCCUCCUUCUACGGCGACAGUCACUUAUGGCUUUCACUACAAGACGCGUCCAGCGCCACGGAUUUGACGGUCAACUUCCGUACACAUCAGCGGGAUGCGAUUAUUUUUCUAGCAGCCGGCGAAACGGAUUACUGCCUAGUGGAACUGCGCAAUGGGCGAUUACGUGUCCGGGUGAAUUUGGGAUCGGGUGAAUCGGUCCUGCAGUCACCACGCGGACUCCGACUGGACGAUUACGUCUGGCACACUGCACAAUUAUCGCGUCGGAAUGCACAGGCCACACUAACUGUCGAUCGACAGUAUGUCUCACACCUCAUUAUUCCCGGGGUUUUCUAUCAGCUCAACAUCAUUUAUGGAGUGUAUCUGGGUGGAUUGGGACAGUUUCGUGAUCUGUUCUUAGGUCAUUUUGUUCAAUUUCGCGGUUGUCUGAAAAAUGUCAAGUUCAAUACAAUCGAAGCCAAUCGUGUCAGAAACUGGGACAUUCUUCGUACGGCAUUUCUAAAUCAGAGUAAUCCAGCUGACUGCGUACUACAGCACAUCCGCUGGGACUGCGAUGACGAGUUUAGCGCCAAAAAUCACGACCCGAUCAGUUUUAUAAGCCAGGAUAAUUUCGUCACAUUUCCGACACUACCAAUUCGGCAAAAUGGCAGCGUGCAGUUGGAUGUGAAGACCAUUGCCACGGAAGCCGUCCUGCUAUAUAACGGCGGUUCGCCAUCACAACCGGAUUUUUUGGCGCUUGACAUCUAUCAGGGCCGCGUCCGUCUGCAAGUGGAAAAAGGGAAUGGGCCGGUAUUACUGGAAUCAGAGCAGAAAAUUAGUGAUGGACACUGGCACAAUAUCUCCUGUCAGCUGACAACCGCGCAUGCCGCUCUCAGUGUCGACGGGAAGACGGUGACCUUUUCGCCGCGUUCCUCCAUGAAGCGGUAUCUGGAUCUGGAUGGCAGUUUGUUUGUGGGCGGUGUAGACGAAACGCGGAGGCAGCGGUUAAGGCAACAAGGUCUGUAUGAUCGAUCAUUUCUGGGAUGCAUCAAAGAUCUGCGCAUUAACGAUGUGGAUAUGGGAUUUGAAAAAAUGCUGGUGUCCAACGGCAUUGAGCCGCAGUGUGUCUGGGAUUAUCCGUGUUCCCGGCAGCCGUGCAUCGCCACCGCACAAUGCUAUCAGAUUGGACUGGACAGUUUCCGCUGUGACUGUCAGGAAGCCAAGUGUGAGAAAGAUCAGGAGGAUUUGAUUGAUUGGACGCAGGUUGUCCGUAUACGCAAUUUUACCGUCAAGGAAGCCAGUCAUCACAUAAUUAAUCAGGAGAAUAUUCGGGUGAUCUGGAAUUAUCAAGGCGAGAGUAUCCGCGACGGGCAGAUUGUCUUUCAGGUUCAGCGGCCACCGCGCUACGGUAGAUUACAAGUUAAUCUCACGCCACGCAUCAGUGAGAAUACGUUUACGUAUCUGGAUGUACUGUCGGAUCGGGUGUGGUAUGUACAUGAUGGGAGUGAACGGCCGGUAGAUCAGUUUGAACUGACCAUCAACAUUCCCACCACCAUGGGGAAUUUGUCCAGGAGUCUGGCGCUAUCAGUGGAAAUUGUCCCGGAAAACGAUCCGCCCAAGAUCAUUUUUCCCAAUGGACCGCAAAUCGAAAUUGUACCAGGCACCGCUCGGACGCUCAGUGCGGAUAUAAUGCGUGCCGUUGAUCCAGAUUCAAAUGCCGGAGCACUAAUGUUUACUCUGCUGGUGCCACUGAAGGUUUCGCAAAUCCGGUCAACACAGAACGACGGCCAGUCGAUAAUGUUAUCAUCCCCGUCCAACACCGCCAGCCUGUCGAACACAUUAACAUGGCAACAAUCCUUAUUAGUUAAACAGUUUACCCAAGCGGACAUUGAUGCCGGCCUGGUGGAAAUCUAUUUCAACGGAUCACUGACAGAUCAGGAUCAAGCUGUCUUCUCCAUAAGCGACGGCCAGAAUAGCGGCAAAGAAAAGGGCACCAUGUCCAUUAUUCCCUUGAAGCUGAAUAUUCAGCCAGUGGCCAAUAAAAGUCUUAAUGUGCCUAAUAAUUCCUCAUCACUGAUUACACAGAACACCCUAUCCUAUGCCACGAACGCCAUUCAUCAGAAUCUCACCAUCCUGUACACCAUCAUCAGUCAUCCGCAUUUCGGCCGGCUGGAGCAUCUGUACAACAACAGCCAGUGGUUGCCGUGUCAGCAAUUUACCCAAGAUGACGUCAAUACACUGGCUGUCCGCUAUGUCCAUCUGCACGACUGGCCCAGUCGCGAUGCCUUUAAAGUCCGGCUCAGUGUUCUGCCGGUCAGCGGGCAGCCGGUCCCGCUGCCGGCCAAAGACCACCUGCACACCGUCCACAUCCGCUUCCUGGAGAAUCAGCUCAAAACCGUUCACAUGGACCCGCUUGUCUUUCACACCCCCCACGUGAUCAUCUCCAGUAUGUCCCUGCUGCACGAACAGGAACCCAUGCCGUUGAGUGCCGAGGAGAUCGUUUACACGCUGACGACCGUCCCGCGCCAUGGCGCCCUGCAGCGGGGCGGCGGUCGCUUGAAACUCCACGGACAGUUCACGCAGGCCGACGUGAAUGCCGGUUUAAUCGUCUAUUCCCUGGUUACAUCGCAGAAUCUCGACCUGCCCACCCGUGAUUACUUUCUCGUUAAUGUCAGCGCUGCCCGACUGCGGCAGGGCAUCGCCCAGCGCCGUCUCCUGCUCAAAUACGACCCGGUGCGCUCGGCCUGGGUACUGCGCGACCAGAUUGCGCUGGUAAAAGAAGGCGGUAACGUGGCCAUUAGUGAUGAAGUGAUUAACUUACAGUAUGGCGGAAUCAACCAGUCCUGCUCGUUUGGGAUGGCCAGUUAUCCCGUCCACGGGAUUCUGCAGACCCGGGAUAAGCAGAACGUUUCGGAGUUUUUUACCCAAGAUGUACGGGAACGCGGGAUUUUUUACACGCACGAUGGAACGGAAAGCGAGCAUGACGCGAUGGAUGUCAUUGCCAGCUGUAACGGGCGCCAGCAGAAGUUGACCUUUCCCAUUCUGAUCAACAUCAGUUUGAUUAAUAACCACCGGCCCGCCAUCAUCCGGAUGGGGCCGAUUUUUUUAAUUCAAAACUCUACUCGUCUACUGACAAACGAUGACAUGGCCGUGACGGAUCGCGAUGGCAAUUCACCGUACAGCAGUCUACAAAUUGCCCAUCGUGGUCUGGAUAAUGCGGAUUUAUACCAUAUAUCCGAUCGCACUACACCCAUAUUUCAGUGCAUCCAGAAUGACAUCGCUCAAGGCCAUGUACUGAUUAAACAUCGCGGUCCUUUGCAAGCCGUCUCCACCGUGUACAUUUCCGACGGCGAACUCUUCACCACGGAACAACUGGACAUUCAGGCUGAGCCGCUGCAGCUGCAGGCCAAAGAUGUACACAUGGCCCCAUUACAUCCGUUGACCUCGUUGCAGGAAUUCAAUAUCCUGGACUUUAAUUUCCAGACCAAUGCCGAUCAGCAGUGGAAUCCGCUGGUAAUCACCAUCAGUAAGGGACCGAAAUUCGGCACGGCCAGCGUGAGAAAUCACUCGUCCGUGGUGUAUCGGCGUAAGGACACCAUGGCGGAGAUGGUGAUAAUCGAUUCCUUCCUGGUACAAUUCGCUCUCAACGGUUUCACCACGCAGACCAACGUUUCCCUGGUUCCGGCCCGCUCAAUUUCCUUAGCACAAUCUGAGCCGAUUCUGGUGAAGGAGAAUGGCGCGGUGGUCAUUACCACGGCAGUGUUGAAUGCUACGCAUCCGAUUUGGCCCAGUUCGAAGAUCGUGUAUACACUGCAGAAUGCGCCGUCCUUCGGCUCGCUCGGUCUGGGACCGGCCGCUACAGCCGAAAGCGCCACACAAGAAGAUAUCAAUCUCGGUAAAUUAAAAUACAUCAACCGGCUGGACUCCAUCACGUAUCGCGACAGCUUCGUCCUGAAAGUGGAAGCCCCGUUCGCGACGGAAGCACUCAGUGCGACGGUGUCGGUUUACAUCGUGCCGGAAGUCUUACGGCUGACGUAUCAAAAACCGUUUAAAGUCGUCGAAGGCGGCCAUGCCCGGCUCAAAUUAUCCAGUCUGUUGAAAGGCAUCCCCAAUGCCGAAUCACUGCCGCUGCGGCUGCACAUGAAGGAUAAACCCGGUCACGGGAAGGCGUUUGUCGAUAAGGACGGCGAUCUGAUCUACACGCAUGACGGCUCCGAAUCCACCACGGACGUCUUCACCAUCUUCGUCAAUGUGGACCGGCUGGGCAUCAGCACCACGGAGGAGAUCCGUCUGGACAUUGUCCCCAUCAACGAUCAUCCGCCGCAAAUAGUCAUCAAGAAUCCACUGGAUGUCUGGUUGGGCCAGGCCGGCACCCUCACCCUGGACAACGUGGAUGUUGUCGAUGAGGACAGCGAUGCCAAUGCGUCGUCGGUGCAGUACUACGUCAACAGUUCCGACGCCAAUGUUCUGGUGGACAAUCAGAAGGUCCCGGUGUUUACUAUGGCGCAGUUGCUACAGAAUCGGGUGCGCUUCGCCCCGGCCAGUGGUCUGAAUCCCAACCAUAUUAAUCUGUAUGCGACCGACGGUAAAUUGGUGUCGGAAGUCAACAGCCUCCCGGUGCGGGUGCUGGAUGUUAAGUUGAAUGUGGUGCGCAAUGAGAGUAUCGAGGUGGGCCGCAAUGCGUCGUUGAUUAUCACGGCGGAUGAACUGGAUAUCUCGGCCAAGAAGAUCUCCAUAGCGGAUAAUCAGGAGUUGGGAGUGGUGCCCUUUAAAGCGCACGAUCUGAUAUUUAAUAUCACCGCCGAACCGAAACUGGGUUUUAUUGGGUAUUUUCAAAAUCAGGACGGAACCGGGACGCUGGUGAAAACCAAGAGCUUUAGUCAGAAGGAUCUGCAGGAGGGUCGUAUUGGCUACAUGCAGUCGGUGCCCAUAACGAACAACCAGAUGGUGGAUUCCUUCCAUUUUGAUGCGUCGCUGAAGAAUCCACAGGAACGAAAGCUGCGGGAUCUCACUUUUUUCAUCAACAUCAAGUCAUCAGAUUCAUCCAUAAGAUCUUAUCCACUCUUGGUUCCAUUUGGCCGUUCCGUGCUGGUUAAACGCUUACACUUGGAUGCCACUCGUUUUCUACCACGCGGUGAAUGGAAGAAAAUCCGCUUCGCCUUGGUCACCGCGCCGAAACUUGGCGCGUUCUUCGUGGACACCACACAGCUAAAAACCGGCGGCAGUUUCUCACAGACCGACGUUAACAAACACCGUCUAUCUUACCAACAUCACGGCUACGAAUCACAAGUGUCCAUGGAAGAGGUCACCCUCCGACUGACCAUUCCCGACCGGAAACCGAUGACCGUCACACUGAAUGUCACCAUACUGGAAUCGGACACGCAUCUGAAGGUGCAUGUCAAAGAAACGGAUGUUGUCUCCGGUGAAAAUGUUACCAUUUCCACGGAAGUCUUGAAGACCAACAUGGAUAAGAAUCCCAAUAAGGUCGUGCGGUACCGGUUGUUUAAAGAGGUCACGGGUGGGGUGUUUCGGGUGCGGGGCAGCGUGACAAAAGAGUUCACACAGCGCGAUGUAAUGCAAAAUGUCGUGGAGUUCUGUCAUGACGGUGUCGAUGACGCCAAGACCAUCCCGGUGCAACUGGAGGUCAUGCCGAUCGAUGAAGCCGCCAUGUCGGAACUGGUGCAGUUCAACAUCCACGUACACCGGUUCUUUUUUAAACUGUACCAUCACAGCAACAUGACCCUGACCCAGGGUAACUUCACCAUUCCCGUCAACAACACCUUCAUCUCCGUGGCGUCCAAUGUGAACAAUACCCGUAUUGUCUACCACAUUAUCCGGCAGCCCGAGCACGGUCGGCUGCGUUUUGUGGACAACCAUCAUGCCGAUAGUCUGACGAAGUUCACCCAACAAGACGUAGAGAAACAGCGCAUCUUGUACGAGCAUCGCGAUCUGGAUCAGUCGGAGGAUUAUUUUACACUGGAUAUUUUUCUAACCAACCGACAGGAGCGCGUGUCACUGCGCAACAUCACCAUCCACCUGACGGUGGUGCCGCUGUUGAAACUGGAGACGCCGGUGGUGCCGGUCGGGCAUUCCAUUCCGAUCGGCCUGCAUUUAUUAGAUGCCGGUGCGCUGAAACUGCGUGCCACACCCUAUGAACCGCAUUUCUUAGUAACCCGACCCCCGGCCCUGGGCACCCUCCUCUGGGCGUCACCCGACAUCAUCACGGUAACGAAUUUCACCCAGACCGAUCUGGUGGAGAAGAAGAUUGUGUACAAAGCCCCGCCGGAUAUUGAUCGCGGGGGGCAACCGGACACCACCAGCGUGCAGGAUUCCUUCGCGUUCCUGUUGACCUCCGCGCCCGACAUCCAGCCCGUCCAUGUCCUGUUCCCCAUCCGAAUCCGGGUGCUGCAUCAGCAGCUGACCAAGAUCGUCACCAACGAUCACGUUUUCAUUGCCCUGGUGGUGACCGCCAUCAUCUCGGUGGCGGUGAUCUUCUUUAUCGGUCUAUGCUGGUGGAUGCGGCGGCAGCGGGAGAAACGCAAGCGCUCCGUCUCGCAGCAUGCUCACUUAUCGCCGCUCUUUCAUCCCAAGGGGCGCACCGGUGAUUCACCGGAUGAAGCGCUGGUCGAGGCGCCCGCCACAGUUCCUAGUUGUAAAGUGAUUCCCCUGCGCAAGCCGGGUAAGAAUUUCCGCAGCCCGGAAACGGAGCUGCAUCCCCUGGAGGCCUUCCGGGAGGAUCUGUACGGCAGUGUUAACGGGAAUGGAUGUGUGUCGCGGAGUGAAACCACACCGGUUCUCAGUAAAAAUCAGUACUGGGUGUAAAAAUUUGUAACCUUUUUUUGUUGUUACCGACCAAAAACCGUGUUACACAAAAAUAAAAUUUGUGACCUUUAACCGGUUUUUCCGACCGGUCACUCCAGAUACUAAAUCCACGUGAUCCUACUGUCGCAGUCUGCAUUUUUGUCAAUGGAAAUUGUAAAAAUUCUAUUUAUAAAAAUGGUUAUUCCAGAUGUUAUU